ACCCACUGCAAAUGUGAGCUCCCUCUGGCACCCCUCCUUCCCCCCUCCUCUCUGCAGUAGGCGGGGGGCGGCAGUAAGAUGCAGCCCCUUCUCUGCAUUGCGGAGGCUUCGCGAGUGAGCCAGAUUUGCAGGGUGGGUGGGAGGAAGCCGCGGAGAGUCUGUAGUAGACCGAGGGGGCGGGGGGGUGUGAAUGGAAAAGGGGGGGAAGGGAGCCGAAUCUGCACAAGACGAGCCUUCUUUCGGCUCGUGCAGACAGCAAAGAGCUCUGGGGUGGGGGUGGGUGUGGGUGGGGCAAGACGAGGGUCUCCAGGGGAGGCAAAUGAUACUCCUGGGUGGUGAAAUGUAGAGCCAGGAACUGCUUGGCAGGAUCCAAAGAAAGGGGGAAACAGUGCAUUGCAGUGGUGGGAUUCAGCAGGUUCGCACCACUUCAGCAGAACCGGUUGUUAAAAGGGUGCUUGUCAACAACCAGUUGUUAAAUUGUUUGAAUCCCAGCACUGGAGAAGAGCCCCCCCCCCCCCACACACACACACAGAGUUCACCCACCUGUGCAAGAAAGAGCCACUUGUGCAAAAGAGAUUUAGCCCAGCAAGUAAUGACAAUACAAAAGGGACCUUCUAUCCCCUUUAGACAGAGGAAGGGGCUGAUGGAUCAAGACUGAGGUGGGGCAGGAGAUUUAGGAGGACACACACACCCCUCUGUGGUUCUUGGCAGCCUGACCCCAGAGAGCUCCUCUUUCCUUCCAUCCCAGGAUCCUAAACAGUGCAGCCGUGCUGUCUCCUGUGCUCUUCGGAAAACUGAUGAGGAACAGCCCACCUCCAAUCCUCUCAUUUCUUCUCCCUUUGGAAGUCCUGGUCCUCUGAGUUGGAGGCUAUAUUUCUGUUCCCCUGGAAAUCAUGUGACUUCAUGAGGAUCAAUUUAAAUUCAUCUGCAUCCAUCCAGUCCCCUUUUUCACCCAACUUCAACUGAGGGAGAAGCCUCUCUUCAUAGCCAAACGAGUAAAGGAGUCCUUUCACAGUUUCACAUGGCCCAAUAGAAGGGAAGGAAAUGGAAGAGCAGGGCCCAGAAGGAUCCGGACCUGGCAAGAGAGGAAGGAAAGGCCCCUAUCCCAUUCAAGCUGAGAGUGGUGUUGAAUUCUGGGAGAGAGUUGUGCCAGAGAUCUGGAUUCAGAAGACUAUAAACUCAAACGUACUUAGAAAACACUUCCGGCAGUUCUGCUACUGUGAUGCUGAUGGGCCCCGAGAGGUUUGCAGCCAUCUCCAUGGACUUUGCAACCACUGGCUGAAGCCAGAGAGGCACACAAAGAAGCAGAUCCUGGACCUGGUGGUCCUGGAACAGUUCCUGACCCUCCUGCCCCAGGAAAUGCAGCACUGGGUCAGAGGAUGUGAUCCGGAGACCAGUUCCCAGGCGGUGGCCCUGGCCGAAGGUUUCCUCCUGAGUCAGGCCGAGGAGAACAGGCAGGCAGAACAGAGGUUGGGUCUAUCCGUGAAGAUGGAAGCUCAGUUGGAAAGAUCUCUGUUGGAGGAAGGGCAGCUGGGCCAGGCCCAGGAAUCUGCCCAAGAUGUCAUCUCACAUGGCAGUGAAGGGACAGUGUUGAGCAGUUCUGUUUGUAGACGGGUGAAAACAACUUCUGCACCUCCUGUUCAGUCUCUGGUUUCCUUUGAGGAGGUGGCCAUGUAUUUCACCGAGGCAGAGUGGGUAUUGCUGGAUCCAGAUCAAAGAGCUCUCUAUGAGGACAUCAUGCUGGAGAACUAUGAGAGCGUGGCGUGUCUGGGAGCCAUGAAUGUAAUGAAGGCUAUGGUUACGACAGACAAAGGCCUCACUUCUGAUGAAAUGCAAGAGAAUUUAUCCAGAAGACCUGUAGAGGGUGUUUCCUUCCCAGAUGAGCCGACUGCAACAGCACAUGUAGAGGAGACAGUGGGGGUAUUACAGGGGUCCUCUGUGGAAAAAAACAAGGAUGAAGUUUCUGAAGGAAACCUUGAGGACAGAGACGGACCACCGAGGCAGUGGAGAAGCAAUGCAGACAGAACAAGGGAUAAACCUGUACAAUCCCAAGAAGUAGGCUUCUGUGAAAACCCAGCAUAUAAGUGCAUAGAGUGUGGACUGAACUUCUCAGAUCAAAGCCAAUACGAGAUCCAUUUGCAAAUGCAGAGUGGAAAGAAGAUGCAUCAAUGCUUGGAUUGUGGCAAGACUAUCCUUUGCAGAGUAGAGCUCAGACAUCAAAUGAACCAUAAAGGAGAGAAACCUUGUAAGUACUCAGAUUGUGGCAAAAGCUUCUCACAAAAAUCAAAUUUUUUUCAACACCAAACCAUUCAUUCAGUAGAGAAGCCACUAAUCUGCUUAGAGAGGGGAAUGACCUUUGUUGGUAAAAGAAAUGGUAAUGUACACAUCCCAAACAAUAUUAUAAAGAGGGCACAUAAAUGCUUUUGGUGUAGAAAGUUCUUCAGCUGCAGAUCAAAACUCCUUGUGCACCAAAGAACUCACACAAUGGAGAAGGGUUUUGAAUGCCCAAAAUGUGGAAAGAGAUUCAGGCACAGUAGCACUCUUCAAGAGCAUCAAAGAACUCACACAAAGGAGAGACCUUUUGAAUGCUCAGAGUGUGGAAAGAGAUUCAGUCAGAGUAGCAAUCUUUACCAGCAUCAAAGAACUCACACAAUGGAGAGACCUUUUGAAUGCUUAGAGUGUGGAAAGAGAUUCAGUUGGAAUGGCGCUGUUCAACGGCAUCAAAGAACUCACACAAAGGAGAGGUCUUUUGAAUGCUCAGAGUGUGGAAAGAGAUUCAGUCAGAGUGGACAUCUUCAACGGCAUCAAAUGACUCACACAAAGGAGAGACCUUUUGAAUGCUCAGAGUGUGGAAAGAGAUUCAGUCAGAGUAGCAAUCUUUACCAGCAUCAAAGAACUCACACAAUGGAGAGGCCUUUUGAAUGCUCAGAGUGUGGAAAGAGAUUCAGUCAGAGUAGCAAUCUUUACCAGCAUCAAAGAACUCACACAAUGGAGAGGCCUUUUGAAUGCUCAGAGUGUGGAAAGAGAUUCAGUCAGAGUGGACAUCUUCAAGGGCAUCAAAGAACUCACACAAAGGAGAGGCCUUUUGAAUGCUCAGAGUGUGGAAAGAGAUUCAGUCACAAUAGCACUCUUCAGCAGCAUCAAAUAACUCACACAAAGGAGAGGCCUUUUGAAUGCUCAGAGUGUGGAAAGAGUUUCAGUCAGAGGGGACAUCUUCAACGGCAUCAAAAAACUCACACAAAGGAGAGACCUUUUGAAUGCUCAGAGUGUGGAAAGAGUUUCAGUCACAGAAGCACUCUUCAACAGCAUCAAAGAACUCACACAAAGGAGAGACCUUUUGAAUGCUCAGAUUGUGAAAAGAGAUUCAGUCGGAGUGGCCAUCUUCGACGGCAUCAAAGAACUCACACAAAGGAAAGACCUUUUGAAUGUUCAGAGUGUGGAAAGUGUUUCAGUUGCAGUAGCACUCUUCAACAGCAUCAAAGAACUCACACGAAGGAAAGACCUUUUGAAUGCUGAGAGUGUGGAAAGAGUUUCAGUCUGAGUAGCACUCUUCAACGGCAUCAAAUAACUCGCACAAAGGAGAGCCCUUUUGAAUGCUCAAAGUGAAUGAAGCAAAUGAAGGAAUAGGUAGUUAUGGUAUUUAUACAAAUGAUUAUAAAAACGUAAAACACAAAGUAAUAGGUCCAAGAAAAGUGAAUAUGGAUAUAUGGGGAAAAUGGAGAAGCAAAUGGAUGCCUGGCAUUCUGGAUAGAGCCCCAGUGGCAAGCGUGACUGGAAAAGAAGGUUGGAAAAUUAUAAGAAUCCUGAAGGAAAAAGGAAUACAUAAAGUGUCUGAUUUAGUUUGUGAGGGAGAAAUCAUACCAUUACAAAACUUGAUAGAAAUGGGAGGGAAGGAGAAUUGGCUGGCAAUAAGAGGGUUAUGUGCCCGUCCUGGCUUGUUAAAGCUUGCCGGGCGGAGCUACGACCCCAUCUGUUGAGUAUAAUCAAUGGCUCCCUUGAGCA